UUGUAGGGCUUUGGCUUUUUGACUCUGUUUUUAAUAAGAUGUUAUGCACAAUCUGAAGAGUUCCUUUGCUGGCAGAUAUCACUGAGGGUGUAAACAAAUUUUCAUUGACUUCAGGGAUUGUGCCCAAAGUGCAUGGCUUCUUGUUGCUCUAAGUGUUUCCCUAAAUGUGAUUAGGCAUUCUUGCUCUGGAGGCUGCCAUUGCUGCUACGGGACUCUGGGAACACACACACUAUACUGCUUAAAUGUGAGUGUACUGUGAAUGGAUGAGCUUAUUUUCUUGCAACCAGUCAGGUUAAAACUUGGUCAUGCCCAUGGAAAGGCAAUGGAAAACGGACAUGAAAUCACAAGACAAAAGUGUUUUUUUCCCCCAAGCAAUCGUUUGUGGUAUCUAUCACAGGAUGAUCUGCAAAUGUACAUCUGCCAUAGGAAAUGGCUCCGUGAAAAAGUUAUAGUGAUGGAUGUUCCAUGUCUUUAGGUGGGUUUACCCAAGGGAGGAAGGGUGUGCUUCCUGUUCUCUGACCUUAUGGGCACAUAGUUAGGAAAAGAAAAGAAGUUGUUAGUGUGUGGUAGUUCAUAUCCUAUCAAGGAUCGAGCUGUUUGCACUGUAGGUAUGAGUCAUACUGGACUAAGCACUGCAUGGUGCCAAUCAGUUGUCAAAAAUACAGCCGGCUUGCUCUCUCACCUGCCUUGUGUUAGUUAUCUUGCCUUAGAUGUAAGCGAAGAUCACACCUUUUCUCACAACCAAAGACAAGCCCACUUUUACAGUGCACGUGGCUCCUGCCAGUCUGGGGCUGUACAGCAGAUAACAAACCUGAUCUGCAGCUGCCGUCAGUAUUAUUUUGUGGAAGUCCAGGUUUCAAACUCACCUGGCUGCCUGACACUACCAUGCUUCCCUUUAUAUAUAUUCAUUAGACUUGUGUUUAGCUUUAUUUACUACUAGGCUUGUUUUAUUGUUCCAAGUAAGGGUUAGCCCCUUGCUAGAGCAGAACAUGUGGUAUUUGUCAGAAAGAGACAGCUGUAAGGCUGCCAGAUAACCCGACCGGCCUGCUGCUCUGCAAACAAUUUUGUGAGCCCUGCUGAUAACGAUAAAGCAACUGCACCUAAGAUGAUUAGAUGCUGAUGUCUGCAGGGGAGCAAGGCUCUCAGUGGCAGACUAGUACUGCUCUGGCAUAUGACUGACUACCUGAAAGAAAAGCACUUACAAACUUAUGAACAUUUAUAACAUCCUGAUACUGAUGAUGGCACCCAUCUGCAGUUUUUCACUGUCAUUGUAUGUCAUCAAGCCCCAGAUGCUCAUUAAUUCAUUCUCAUCAGAAUCACUGACUUGGUUUGCAAGCCUGCAAGAAACUCUGUGGCGCUCUCUGCAACAAACCGAAUGAUACCAAGCUCCUUCCAGAGCAGCCAGGGUGAUGCUUAUCAACGGGUCACUCAUAUAGAUCUUGCCUGUACUAGAAAAAGUGUCCACCCCUAGUAUGAGGCAUCAGGACUGAAUGCAGCUGGAUCCAUGGAGCUGCUGGUUCCAUUAACUCUGUUCAAUCUCUCUCAGAAACUGAUGUUCCUUGGCAUAGCAUUUCUUGGGAUUGGAUUGUGGGCAUGGAAUGAAAAGGGAGUGCUGUCCAAUAUCUCCUCCAUCACUGACUUGGGAGGCUUUGAUCCAGUUUGGCUCUUCCUAGUGGUAGGAGGAGUUAUGUUCAUUUUGGGAUUUGCAGGAUGCAUUGGAGCUUUGCGAGAAAAUACCUUUCUUCUCAAAUUUUUUUCUGUGUUUCUUGGAAUUAUUUUCUUCUUGGAGCUCACUGCUGGUGUUCUAGCAUUUGUUUUCAAAGACUGGAUAAAGGACCAGCUGUAUUUCUUUAUAAACAACAACAUCAGAGCAUACAGAGAUGACAUUGAUUUGCAAAACCUCAUAGACUUCACACAGGAAUAUUGGCAGUGCUGUGGGGCUUUUGGAGCUGAUGACUGGAACCUUAACAUUUACUUCAACUGCACAGAUUCCAAUGCAAGUCGAGAGCGCUGUGGUGUGCCGUUCUCUUGCUGCACUAAAGACCCUGCUGAAGAUGUUAUUAAUACUCAGUGUGGCUACGAUGCAAGGCAAAAACCAGAAGUUGAUCAGCAGAUUGUUAUCUACACUAAAGGCUGUGUCCCUCAGUUUGAGAAAUGGUUGCAGGACAAUCUUACCAUAGUUGCUGGUAUAUUCAUUGGGAUAGCAUUACUGCAGAUAUUUGGGAUAUGCUUAGCCCAGAAUUUGGUUAGUGACAUUGAGGCUGUCAGAGCCAGCUGGUAAAACUGCUGAAGUAACCACAAGAAGACACUGGACAACCGAAACCCUCUGAAACCUCCAGUGUGUCGCUCCGACACCAAGCUGUAUGGACAUGGGUGACAGGGAAGCCUUCUCUCCCACGUAGUCUCAAGUCUAAGUUCCUGAUAUUGCAGUGAACUCAUGUUUCUCUGGGUGGGGGAGAGAAGAGUGGGCUAUUUAAAAUCUGCUGCUCACUGACAAUUUUUUUGUUUUAAACCACCAGUUUGAAAGCUGUUGAGCCGUGAAUCUCUACUGUAUUCUUGAUCCUGAGUAACAAGUGGACACUUUUUUUAAAUUGGUGUAUUCAGUGGGACAGAGUUGCAUCGUUGUAGUCUGUGGAUAUGCUGUUUAUUCUUCGUGUCAUGAGCUCUUCGAUAGCUGCCAAAUAUUCCUGAGAUGGUCUCUCUCCUCACCACUUUGUCAAAGAACAAUCUUCUUGUUUUCACAGCUAAACAUAGCUACAGGCCUAAACCCAUCAAGCAGGAAGCAACUUUCUAUGCAUCUAUUGUACAGUAAAAAAAAUUGUUUUUAAAACAAGGGAAACUUUUUUUUACGCAAGCUUCCAACCAUCUCCCUGUAGUACUUUGAGGUUGGAAUCAGCAAGCUCACAGGGAGAAUUGUCUAAUUUUAUCAACAUCUUUCUUCCUUCUCCACCCUUGUAUGAAGGGAAAGGAGUUUUAUAUUUGACAAACAAGGGUUGUAGAGCCUUUGGUUGCUGCCAUACCUUAGGACGUCAGUCUCUUAAGGCAAGGAUGGGAUAUAACUGUAUAAAUGUAUGAAAGCAGUGUGGAUGUUGGGUCCAAGUGAGUAAUAUUAUUCAAA